CACGGACAGCCGCUCACACGCAGGUUUCGCUCAUUUGUAUCACAGCCCAACAGUACCUCGGACAGUGCCGAGGCAGAAGCGAACGGGGGUCGAAAUGCACUUCUCCAAGCUGACGGCAAGCAUUGUAUGGUCCUCUAGAAUGAAUAGAAUUUCAUCACACAUAAAAAACAAACGGAGGAUUUGCUGAGGAUUUAGAAAACACAAGGAAAUGAACGGCAGAAUAUAAAUUAGAUUUUAAUUGUCUAGCGAUUCACUCACACAUAAACAGCGCACAUUCCUUCGCAGUGUAUGUUAAUGUAACCACAUUCCAGCGGGUACACUGGGACUGGAGGCGGUCAGAGAAGCGUGGAUAAAAGACGGACACACCAGCCCACUGACAGCAGGAAAAGACGAGACCCGGGAUCACGGAGCUACGGAGUUUUACACAAAAUGCGUCUGUGUCUGCUUGCCAUUUUCUUCUCGUGCUCCUUUGCGCGUGGCGGCUGUGAGCCGAAGAUGGUCAACAUCGGCGCCGUCUUGAGUCAGAAGAGGUAUGAACAGGUGUUCAAGGACGCGGUCGCCCAAGCCAACAACAUAUACGGAAAAGAUAAGUUCAAGCUGAACGCCAUCUCUGUCACCCACAAACCCAACGCUAUUCAGAUGGCUCUUUCCGUCUGCGAAGAUCUCAUCUCGAGCCAGGUGUACGCAAUCCUGGUGAGUCACCCACCGCAGUCCGUUGACCACCUCACGCCCACGCCCGUCUCCUACACUGCUGGAUUCUACCGCAUCCCAGUGGUGGGGCUGACUACACGCAUGUCCAUCUACUCAGACAAGAGUAUCCACCUGUCCUUCCUGCGCACAGUGCCUCCGUACUCCCACCAGGCUCAGGUGUGGUUUGACAUGAUGCGGGAGUUCCGCUGGAACCACAUCAUCCUGAUCGUGAGCGACGACCACGAGGGGCGUGCCGCCCAGAAGAGACUGGAGACGCUGCUGGAAGAGAGGGAGACCAAGAAUAAAAACAGGAACUAUGAAAACCUCGACCAACUGUCCUAUGACAACAAGCGAGGACCCAAGGCAGAGAAAGUCCUCAUGUUCAGCCAAGACACCAACCUCACAGCACUGCUCCAAGAGGCCAAAGAGCUGGAGGCCCGGGUCAUCAUCCUCUCAGCCAGCGAAGACGAAGCGGCUGCGGUCUACAAGGCGGCACGCCAGCUCAACAUGACGGGCUCCGGUUACGUGUGGAUGGUUGGAGAGAGAGAAAUGUCCGGUAAAGCCCUGAGCGAGGCUCCAGACGGUUUGAUCGGCCUUCAGCUGAUCAAUGGCAAAAAUGAGUCAGCGCACAUCAACGAUGCCGUGGCAGUGGUGGCGCAGUCCAUCCAAGAGCUCUUCGAGAAGGAGAACAUCACAGAGCCGCCCCGUGGAUGCGUAGGGAACACGAACAUCUGGAGGACUGGGCCUCUCUUUAAAAGAGUGCUGAUGUCAUCCAAGUACCCAGAUGGCCUGACAGGACGUGUGGAGUUCAAUGACGACGGAGACAGGAAGUUUGCCCAUUACAGCAUUCUGAAUUACCAGAAGACCAGGCUGGUUCAAGUGGGAGUCUACAAUGGCACACAAGUGGUGCUGAAUAGCCAGCGGAAGAUCAUCUGGCCUGGUGGAGAGACGGAGAAACCCAGAGGAUAUCAGAUGUCCACCAGGCUGAAGAUAGUGACCAUUCAUCAGGAGCCGUUUGUGUAUGUGAAACCUACCAUGCUGGAUGGCACAUGUAAAGAAGAGUACACAGUCAAUGGAGUCUUAAUUAAGAAGGUUAUCUGCACUGGGCCCAACGAAACUAUCCCUGGACGUCCCGUAGUGCCUCAGUGUUGUUUUGGGUUCUGUAUUGACUUGUUGAUCAAGCUGGCCAUGACCAUGAACUUCACGUAUGAGGUUCACCUGGUGGCCGAUGGGAAAUUUGGGACACAGGAGCGGGUAAAUAACAGCAACAAGAAGGAGUGGAACGGCAUGAUGGGAGAACUGCUGGGCGGCCUGGCCGACAUGAUCGUCGCCCCGCUCACCAUAAACAACGAGCGAGCCCAGUAUAUAGAGUUCUCCAAACCGUUUAAGUACCAGGGGCUGACAAUCCUCGUUAAAAAGGAAAUACCGCGAAGCACGCUGGACUCGUUCAUGCAACCGUUUCAGAGCACGCUGUGGCUGCUGGUGGGUCUGUCGGUACAUGUGGUGGCGGUGAUGCUUUACCUAUUAGACCGGUUCAGCCCAUUUGGAAGGUUCAAAGUGAACAGCGAAGAAGAAGAAGAAGAUGCCCUCACCUUGUCUUCUGCCAUGUGGUUUUCAUGGGGAGUACUGCUGAACUCUGGGAUCGGAGAAGGUGCACCACGCAGCUUCUCAGCAAGGAUCCUGGGUAUGGUGUGGGCAGGGUUUGCCAUGAUCAUUGUGGCAUCCUAUACUGCCAACCUGGCUGCCUUCCUGGUGUUGGACCGGCCUGAGGAGCGCAUCACUGGCAUCAAUGACCCUAGGCUGCGGAACCCAUCAGACAAGUUCAUCUACGCCACGGUGAAGCAGAGCUCUGUGGACAUCUACUUCCGGCGGCAAGUUGAGCUGAGCACCAUGUACCGCCACAUGGAAAAGCACAACUACGAGAGCGCCGCAGAAGCCAUCCAGGCUGUGCGGGACAAUAAGCUGCACGCCUUCAUCUGGGACUCUGCGGUUCUGGAGUUCGAAGCCUCACAGAAGUGCGACCUGGUGACGACGGGGGAGCUGUUUUUCCGCUCCGGUUUUGGGAUCGGCAUGCGGAAGGACAGCCCCUGGAAGCAGAACGUUUCCCUGGCCAUUCUCAGUUCCCAUGAGAACGGCUUCAUGGAGGACCUGGAUAAGACCUGGGUGAGGUACCAGGAGUGUGACUCCAGGAGCAAUGCCCCGGCCACGCUCACGUUCGAGAACAUGGCAGGUGUUUUCAUGCUGGUUGCUGGCGGAAUAGUCGCCGGCAUCUUCCUCAUCUUCAUUGAAAUCGCCUACAAGCGCCACAAGGACGCCCGCAGGAAGCAGAUGCAGCUGGCCUUUGCGGCUGUCAACGUCUGGAGGAAGAAUCUGCAGGACAGUAAGGAGGCACAGGGGAGUCAAGGUGUGGGCCAGCCCGGGACCCCCAGAUUACCCUCUUCCUCUCUAGAGAAUCAGGAUGAUAGGAAAAGUGGUAGAGCAGAACCCGACCCCAAAAAGAAAGCUUCUUUUAGGUCCAUCAGUGCCUCCCUGGCCUCCAGCAUCAAGAGACGUAGGUCCUCCAAAGACACGCCAUACCCCACUGACAUCACGGGCCAGCUGAACUUAUCUGACCCUUCCGUCAGUACUGUCGUGUGAAGAGAGACAGAGAAAGCUUGGGGGGGAAGGGGGGCCUUUCAGACCAGGGAAGGGGGGGGGAGGGGGGAGGUCCUGAUGUUGGGACAGAACCGCCGAUCCAUUUGCUGCUGAUUCAUCUGAGCCACAGUCCAUUUGGAGUUGUAGGACCACAGCUGGACCUCGCUGGACCAGAACGUGACUGAAAACGCUGAGCCUUCACACGUCUCAUACGAACCCGUACCGGCACACUGCUACGUCCCCCCCCCCCUCUCCCUUCCUCGUUGAAGUUGCAGACCAGCAAACUCGACAGCCUUUCCACUCACGUACUUCUUUAAAACCUUCCGCAGAUGUCAAAAUGUUGGACAGGCACGUGCCCAAGUCCGCACCCCUGGCCACGCUUGGCCGGAGACCUUUUGUCCUCCUUCGCAGUUUAUGGAAACCUGAUCAAAAUCGAUGAGCCGAAAAAGUUAAUGUUUUUACUCAAAGCUGGAGGAGGACAGUUCACUGCUAUUUAUGAACAAGUCAUACUAUUUAUUUGGGACUCUGCGUAUCAUUAAUGUGAACUAUAUUACUUGUUGUAUAUGUCCUACUACCUCUGCGUAUUUCAGCAUAUUUUAGAUAUGUAGCCUAUUUGAUACACUAUUAUGGCAAAGUAUUUUAAACAUGUGACAUUUCUUAAUUUGGAUCAGUUUUUGUGAAAAAAUGAAAACUAUGAGUUUGUGCAAUAUACGUCUUUUGUAUCAGCAGCUAUGGUGGUAGUGGUAGCGCGCAGCACUGUAAAUGCUCAGUAGUUGCUAAUCGAAGUUAGAAGACUGCUAUGUUCCUUGUGGCGCUGCUGUUCCUGCGUUUUUAUCGAAGUUCAAAAUCCCGCCGUCCACCACAGCGCUUGUGUCCAGCUGCACAAAUAUCCUCGUUACUCACGGGAAAAAUAAACAGAUUUUGUUUGUUAGUGAACGGUUGGAGACGUUUGUGCAGCUGAAUGCACGCCACAUGUGGUCAUGGAUCCUCCAUCAAAUGCUGCUAUAUUCAGGGUGGAUCUGAAGUGUUUGUUCAAGCUUGCAUUUUCAUGUGUGUGUGUGUGUGUGUAUGUACAUGCAUAUAUACACACACACACUUGUGCUUAAACAAAUAAUUCAAAACCACCUUGACAACAGCAGUAUUGGGUGUAUACAUGUACACCUGAACAAGUAAUUUGCAAAUUUCUAAAUAUUACUAUUACAACUGCAUAUUUCCCAUGGAACCAAAGUCAGCAUCCUAAGAGGACGUGGAUAGUCUCUCUCAGUACAUUGGAGUAGCCACAAGCUUUUCUAUUACAGCCAGUCUUCACUUUACAGGUUACUGAACCACAAGCUAAAGGCCCUUCUUACAAUAGCUGCUAAACCGUAGUCUGUGCACGGAGGAAGUGGGCUUUGUUCUACCAACCUUCACAUUUCAACAUUAGAACUUUACCUUUCUUAUGUAGCCAAUUAACCUUCAGUAUGGACAAAAUAUGAAUCUGUGAUUUGUAAUGGAAUCUGCCUAUAUAGCAUAUACACAUGUGUAGUAACUGUAAAUGUUAUCUUCUUUCUUCCUCUUUCUCACCUUCUUUUUUUAAAUGAUGUCAUUUCUCAGCUUCAUUUUUUGAUGUGCAUCCAAGUAAAAACUGUUUCUAUCCGACCAGCACCAGUUCUUUCAUGUAAGACCCCCAUUAUGUUGUGUUUCCUUAGUCAGGGCUUUUACAUGAAAAUGCCCAGGUGAAUUUCAGACUCAACAUACAGUAUUUAGUCCUGUAUUUUACACAAAAAUCAGGCCAUUCCCCUGGCUAUGGAGUUCAGAAAUCCUAAUCCCGUUACAUACUGUCCCACUGUACUUGGACACCACCAUAGAGUAGAAAUAACACUGUAUGGCACUUUUGUCUUAAACAAUCAAUUUGAGGGCUUUGCCAUUUCUUGUUAGAAAUGAAGAAUGUGGGAAAACAUACAAUUGUGUGUUUGCUGUUCUGAAAUUAAAUCCAAAUGAUUUUUGUAAUGUUGAAAAAAAAUCCCCAUUCACUGAUUAUUUAUAUUAUUCAUUGUUUUCGGAGAGAAACGACAAUGUGUUCAUCUAGUACUGAAGUUUAGUAGAUUUCAUUGGGUCUUUGCUUGUAAAGCCUUCUCUGUAUUUGAGGUCUAUAAGCUGAACCUAACAGUGAUAUCUCUUUGUUAUAUAAAACUGAAACAAACUGUGAAAUGCAAGACAUCAUUACUAUAAAAUUGUGAUGCUUAUCUUCCAUCAAAGGCACUGCGGCGCUUGCUUUUGUGAACGCCACCAUGUAUAUAUGACUCAUAGAUAUUCAUGUGUAUUUUAAUGAACAGUUCCUUAUUUAUUUAAGUAAGAAUAAUGUGCUGGUUUUUCUGAGGUGAUUUGCUGUGCACCAUGCAUUUGAGACACAUGCUCUGGCAGCUGCUUUAGCUGCUGGAGCUAGUGUGUUUUUUGUGUGUGGUGCAAAUUCAGGAUAGUUUUCUUUUGUGGAUGUUCAGUAAGAUUCUGUAGGGUUUUUGUGAAAAGUACAGUGAUACUGGUAAACAGCUUUGGAGAUUGCUUCAGGUAAAGUGACCAUAUUUUAUUUUGACACUGCAGGCGUAUGGGGGGGGGGGGGGGGUUAUAUUUAUGGAUACAUGAUUGUGUUUCUCUCUCAUUCAGGGCUAUUGAUAGCUUAGAUGAAUUUUGUUAGACACAGCAUCAUUUGUGCCACAGUAUGCUUUUAUAAAUCUGAAUUCAUUCCUAUUUUGUGUCAAGGAUAAGCAAGUCUUUUAAGCAGUAAUAAUAAUAACAAUAAUAAUUAUAAUAAUAAUGCUACAUAUUGUAUGUACAUGCAAAUGUAAAUUGUACUAUGUGCCAAUAAAAAUGUCUUACCUAUAGAUCACAUGCAAAGGACCUAAGAAUUUUUCACAAUUGACAGAUGCCAUGUAGGCCAGACAUGCAAUGCAAUGGUUUGAUAGUUGGGCUAAUAUCCAGGAGGUUGUAUGUUUUUUUGUGGAGUGUACCCUGGAGCAAGGUUUUGCACCUGAAUUAAUCCUUACAUUGACAAGAGUUGUAUAAGUGAUUACUACUGUAAAGUGCAAACUGUGUAAUUUGCCCCUGAAAUGGGCCUCUGCCAAGCAAAUAAAUAACAUAAUGUAAUAUACAGCAGUCA